AUGCGCCUUCUGACAAUAACUUGUCUCUUUAUAUCCAGGAAUUUGAACGAUUUAACGUAACUGAUGUUGUCCGUGUCUGUGAUCCUACCUACCACAUUGAACCCUUGGAAGAGCGUGGAAUGAAAGAUUGGGUAUUUGGUGAUGGUGAAGCUCCACCAACUCAAAUAGUCAAUGACUGGCUUGAUCUUGUUCAAAAGCGAUUCGGUGAAAUAGUCUCCGAUGAAGAGAGACCAACCAUUGCAUGUCAUUGUGUAGCCGGACUUGGCCGUGCUCCUGUAUUGGUCGCCAUUGCGUUGAUCGAAUCUGGAAUGAGUGCUUUGGAUGCGAUUGUCUACAUUAGAGAACGCAGGCGAGGUGCGAUCAAUAACAGACAGCUCAAAUAUAUUGAAACCUAUAAGAGAAGAUCAAAAACCGGCAAGUGUAUAAUUUGUUGA